AUGAGUUUAUUCGGUACGGCCAAGCCGGCGUUUGGAACUAAUCCUACCACAUCUUCGACUCAGUCUACAGGUCUGUUCGGAUCUACUACCGCAACUUCUUCAGCUCCCACAACAGGCCUUUUUGGAAACACAACUACUACUUCAACAGCACCAGGCGGUCUCUUCGGAUCGACACCGACAACAUCUUCGGCAUCAACAGGAUUGUUCGGGUCCACAAAUACCGGCUCGGCUCCUUCCGGCGGAUUGUUUGGGUCUCCUGCUACUUCAACAGCAUCUACAGGCCUUUUUGGAAGUAACACCACGCAGAACACUGGGUUGUUCGGAGCUGCUAAGCCUACCUUCGGAGCAACAUCGUCCGGUAGUACGUUUGGCUCAACUACAGCUGGAGGAUUGUUCUCUAAACCUGCCACUACUGGUUUUGGUGGUACUACCGGGGGAGGUUUAUUCAGUUCAAAACCUGCAACCGGAGGGUUAUUCGGCAGCAAUGCUCCUGGCACAGCUCAAAACAAUGUCGCACCCGUUAGGCAAAGAGAUACUUUACCAGGAAUGAUAAUGCAAGCCGAUGCUGUUGUGCGUUCCUUGACAUGUCCCGAGCUAUAUGGGGACGAGCGCGAUAAAAUAAUUGGGAAGCUUAACCAGGUUGCCGCCGCCUUGGGAACUGGAAAUGGAUUCUGUAGAAGCGGUGAAUCAGUUCCCUAUAACUCUGAAGGACCAUUUUAUAGAUUAAAAGCUAUCGGCUAUAACACUGUUUCCGAGUUUGGAGAUGCUGAUGGAAUGGUAUCUCUUUUUUCUAAGCUACCUAAAUCAGAGUUUACGACUUCUGUACAAAGACAAAAACUAAUUGAUGGGCUUUUCGCCGUUUUGGGAAGUCAGCCUAAUAUGCAACCGAAAAUUAAAAAUGUCAAACCCUUACCGGAUAAUAACACGGAGCUUGUGGUUUACGUGAUUAACAAAGGUUCUGGAACACAUGCGUCCAGUAAUGCUUUGGCUCAGAUUCUGAAUGAACCUGCCAAAAAGCAGCAGUUGGAAUCCCAGUUCAAAAUAGAGAAAAUACUUUCAUUAGCUGCAAUGGACAAAUAUCAGAUGGAGAGAUAUAUUAAAGAUCCUCCUGCAGGAUUUGAUGAUGUGUUAUGGCAGCAAUCAGCAAGGGAAAAUCCAGAUUCCAAGCAACUGAUCCCAUACCCAAUAAGAGGAUUUGAGGAAUUGGUUCAACGACAGCGUUCGCAAGCUUCUGAGGUUCAAAUUCAUGAGCUUGCCAUCACUGCUAUGCAGAACAGACUAAACUCGCUGAAAAGCUCAUCCGAGUCUGCUGCCUUGAAAGUUUCUCAGCAGAAAGUUAUCAACAAACAGUUAUCUCACAGGCUUUUACGAGUUUUAUGCAUGCAAUUGAUCCAACAGCGGUUUGGAAAAGGUAUCGAUGCCUCAGAAGAACAAAUACAGUGUGCUCUGGAGAACAUAAAUGCAAGAUUGAAUGCACCGCAACAAAUCAAACCUCUCAUUGCUGAACUUCUUGAUGUGCUCAAAGACGAGAACUCUGAAUUGAGAACUAAAGUUGCAAACACAGCCUCUCAUACGUUGUCUGAAGCAGAUAUUCUCCAAUUGCAAAAAUAUUUGUCGAGAUGUCAAGAUGGUUUGGAAAGUUUAUCAAAUGUUGUACGGGAAAACUUGAAACAUGUUAACGCAAUGGCUACAGCAAUGGAUUUAUAG